AUGCUCAUCACCAGCGUCGACGACUUUACACUCAUCGAUGACAACACUCCACAUAAAAUAUAUGCGCAGUUCGAUGAUCUCCGAGAAAUCUGCCCAGUUGCGCACACCUCGGAGAAUGGCGGAUUCUGGCUUCUGACCCGAUACGAGGACGUCAAGCGCGCCGCUUCCGACACGAACACGUUCAUUUCGUCUGUCAAAGCAGUCAUACCCAGUGAUCCCCGAGGUAUUCGUCGCCCUCCACUGAACACAGAUCCACCAGCGCAUACGCCUUACCGCACUGCACUGGAUCGCACUCUAAAGCCUGCAAGACUCAAGAGAUUGGCCUCAAUCCUGGAGCAGCAUGCCGAGCGGGAGUUCGAUGCACUCUUGUAUACCUCUCUAGACAGCAGCGAUCACCUCGGUCAUGUGCCAGGGACCAGUAAUAUUGAUAUUUCGGCCCAAUUUGGUGCUUCCUUUGCUGCUUGGGUCGAGGUGUCAUGGCUGAACCUUGAAGACGAAACCGCACCCGUCCUGGCGAGCACAGCAGCCAAAUGGGUGAAUGCCUGGCGGCGACAGGACUUGUCUGAGACAAGCAAACAGUCUGGACGACUGUACGAGCUUGCAAGAGAUCUACUCGCUGAUCGCAAAGCCGCCCCUCAAGAUCCCGAACUUGAUCCCGCGUCAUCACUGUUGCGUGAAGUUGGGCCAGAUGGACAGCCACUAGAUGACGAACUUUUGGUCGGUGCCCUUCGUCAGUCCCUAGUUGUGGGGAUGGUCGCCCCUCCUAUUCUCCUGGGAGACAUAUGCGCCCACCUCUCAAAUGAUCGAGCUUUGCAAUCACGGCUGCGCGCCGACCCCUCCCUCAUUCCCGCAGCCGUUGAGGAGUUUGUGCGCUUGUAUGUGCCUUACCGAGGAUUUUGUCGAACCCCAACCCACGCAGUUGACCUCCAUGGCCGGACAAUCCCGGCUGGUCAACCAAUUACUAUGACCUACGCAGCAGCAAAUCGUGAUCCGGAAGUAUUCGAAGAUCCAAAUUCCUUUAUUCUUAACCGUGAAAAUAUCAACUCGCAUUUAGGAUUUGGCAAAGGUAGACACAGAUGUGCAGGAAUGCCUUUAGCAAGGAUGUAA